UCUUUGCCACGUUUCACUACUGACGUCAGCGGUUUCAGCCUGACAGGUUGCAGAUGCAGUAACGAUUUUGCCCGAGGUCGAGAGGGACCACUUUGCAUUUGACGCUUGAACCGUUCGUUGAAGUUGAAUGUCAUAUUUCCGUAGUCGCCUGUAAAGGAGCAACCAAGCUACGAGUUGUGCUAUUCCCCACUGUAAACAAGCUGAGUUGGCUACUCUUCCUGGUAGCAGUUGCAGCCAUUUUGAUUUUGUUCCCCCCUCAGCGACAAGCAGCCGGUCAGUGCGUAUGCUAGCCACCGCUCCCAUUUCCACACAGCCGAACUGAAGGAGCCCUUUGCCACACCUGAACACACUUCUCAACAAAGGCACAAUGAAUCCCGAAUACGACUAUUUAUUCAAACUUCUUCUUAUUGGCGACUCUGGUGUUGGAAAGUCUUGCCUUCUUCUCCGAUUUGCAGAUGACACAUACACAGAAAGCUACAUCAGCACAAUUGGGGUGGACUUCAAAAUACGAACCAUAGAACUAGAUGGAAAGACCAUUAAACUUCAGAUUUGGGAUACAGCAGGUCAAGAAAGGUUUCGUACCAUCACCUCCAGCUACUACAGAGGUGCUCAUGGGAUCAUUGUAGUGUAUGAUGUCACAGAUCAGGAGUCCUUCAACAAUGUUAAACAGUGGCUACAGGAGAUUGACCGCUAUGCCAGUGAAAAUGUUAACAAGUUACUGGUUGGCAACAAGUGUGACCUGACGACAAAGAAGGUGGUGGACUACACAACAGCAAAGGAGUUUGCAGACUCUUUGGGUAUUCCAUUCUUGGAAACCAGCGCCAAGAACGCCACCAAUGUGGAGCAGGCCUUCAUGACCAUGGCUGCAGAAAUCAAGAAGAGGAUGGGCCCUGGUGCUGCCGCUGGCGGAGGUGAGAAGCCCAACGUGAAGCUGACACCCGGCACCACCGUCAACUCAUCAUCAGGAGGCUGCUGCUGAAGGCCAAAGUACUCCUGCUGUGCUGCUUCCUGUUGGACAGUCCUGUAUGCCUGGCGGCCAUCUUCCUCAAAACUCUACCACGAUCAGACAGGGUAGGGAUGACAUGAAUCACACGUGACAACAAGUCUUUGUACUAUAAUGUAGCACACUACUAAAACAAUAAAACAUCUCCUGGUCAUCCUGUCCUGGUGUGAAAACAAAAACAUCAUUUCAUUGACCUUUCUUGUACUUCUCAUGACACUCAUGUGUUUCAUUCAUUUCUGGCUUUUGUCACAUGAAGGCUUUUUUUUAUGUUUCUUAAAUUGUUUUCUUUUGAUUGAUUACACAACCACAGCAUCAAUGUUAGUGCUGUAUGUACGCAUAUGUGCAUAUGUGCAGUGGAACCCGAUUAUGUUCACGCCCCUUGGACUGGCUCACUCAUGUCAAAAUAAGCGGUUGUCGACAUAACUCGAACUAGCCAAUGCUUGCACAUUCACAGAGACAUAAGGAGUAUGUUAAGUAUUUUCAAAUUGCAGUUUGUUGACAUGGUUUUCAGGCUUUUAUUUUGAAGUUUACUUUGCACUGAACAGCAAAUGGCUAUGCAGGUUUUAAAGUUGCAUAAUUAAACUGAUUCACGCUGCUUAGUGAUAAUGAAGUUAAUGCUGUACCAAAACAUGUCAACAUAAACACCAUUUUUCAUUGAACAUCAAAUAUGUCGACAUAAGCAGGCACUUUUAGUAAUGAGAACAUGGUGAUCCUGGCUGGACUUGAUGUGUCGACUUAAGCGUGUUCCACUGUACGUAUUUUUUAAACAAAUUUGCUCACCUCUUUGUUGAAAAAGAAAGUGUUUUUUGUUGUUUGUUUUUUCCAAACCUUGCAUCUUCGACCAAAGUCCUGCAAGUACCGGUCCAGUAUCUUAGGGGUCGAGACUGAGACCUUGUCAAACUGCUUAGUGGAGGACCUAAGUUAAGACAAAACAUACCUGUGUGUGAUAUGUAGAGUUUUUAUACACACUAAAAGUCAAUAUGUCAGUUCUGUAAUACUCAACACAUUCUUGGGAUUGUCUCGACCAAACACUUCAGCUGAAAAAUAAAUACUGUAUAAACAGACUGUAUACAACUGAAAAUACAUUUCUGUGAAUCUUGUUGAUGUGGGUUAAAAAAAAUCAACACAUUUUGGAAUUAAUUUUUCGACAAUUGGAGUUUGUCAUUUCCAUGGGGUCUGUUUGCGAAUGGCUGUGUUGUCAUCUCAGUGCACAAUUACAUUUAAAUAAGAUGUUCUCUUUUUUUUCAUAAUAAAGGCAACGGAAUUCAUUUUGAAA